AUGGGCCGGCACCACAUGCAGAUAUGGGUGGAUCGGGUUGAGUUGUACGAACUAUACGGGCUCAGCGAGUAUACCGGAUUCGUUGCUAUUUCGCCCCGGGUCACUGUGCAAUGUGCAGAUUCCAGUGCUACUCGAAGUUUUGGCCUCUCCUCGCCGACGGCCACGGUGUGGCUGGCCGACCCUGUCGACCAUAACCGACUAAUGCCCGUUGGGGCGGUUGCUGAGCUUCUUCUCGAGGGACCAGGUCUAGCACGAGAAUAUCUCAAUGAUUCCACUAAGACGGCAGGGCGAUUUAUCACGUCUCCUGCAUGGCUUCGUGGCGACGGGCGCCGGGUGUAUACAACAGGCGACCUCGUCCAAUAUCUCGCGGACGGAAGCUUUCGCUAUAUUGGGCGUAAAGACUUCCAGACGAAGAUUCGUGGAAUGAAGGUUGACUUGGCAGAUAUGGAAUACCAAAUUUCUCAGCAUUGUCCCUCCGUCACCCGUGCGAUUGCCGAGGCGGUUUUACCCAAUGACUCGGACGCGGCAUCGGUCCUGGCGGUCUUUUUGCAUUAUGGAAAUCUAUUACCAGUCACCAGUGGAGUGAAAGAGGAGAACUUGUUUGAGGCGCCGAGCAGCUGGUACACACAGUUUAAACUAGACGUCAGCCGCUUGAAGGCGGAGCUGCCGGGGUCUUUGCCUCAGCCUAUCAUACCGAGUAUAUAUCUUCCCCUCAUAAACAUACCACUAACCAUGACGGGGAAGAUUGACCGGCGUCGUAUUAGAGAGGUUAUUCGUAAGACUAGCUGGUUCCAGCUACAAAAAUAUGCCGACCAAAGAGUUGAACAUGUCCGACCGCAGACUGCCGCGGAGGCCACUCUGCACAAUUUACUCACACAGGUGCUUCAGAUUCAACCAGAUACAUUCGGCGUGCAUGAUAGUUUUCUGCAUCAUGGAGGAGACUCAGUCAAGGCAAUGCAUCUUGCACGCCUAUGUCGGCAGCAGGGCCUGUCAUCAGUCACAUUUAAGGACAUCAUGGAAUUCCCAACCAUCAGACAACUUUUGUCGAAGCCAAACAAGGAACUAAACGUGAAAUCUACACCCUCGACGGUCGAACCGAGAUCUAAUGUAUUAAUUCAACCAAAUGAUUCUCUACAGCAGCUCAUCGCAAAGAGACUCCGUGCGUUGGAACUUCCGGAGGACACCAGGGUCGAGGCUAUAUACCCAUGCUCUCAUGUCCAAGAGGGAAUUCUCAUGAGUCAGAUCCAUCGUCCGUCUCUUUAUCUAAUCCGAACGACCUACAAUGUGGUGGCAAAGGCACAUAACGGUCAGCCAAUUGAUACUGAUCGACUCAAGAACGCCUGGAAAGAGCUGAUUAGAAUGCACCCAAUGCUACGCACCAUAUUUAUCAAUAGCACGGUACCAGAUUUAUUUGCACUGCAGGCUGUCCUCGCCGAAGAAGUGUGUGAACUGUCGAUUGUGCAAUGUGACAAUUUGCCUUGCGAACCAACUCUCUGCAAUGAAAAACCAGAGCCAGUCAAAUCCAUCUGGUCAUCAAUUCCGCAGAUGACUAUCAAGCAAGAUGGAUUAGGUCGGGUUUCUCUAGGGCUCGACAUCAAUCAUGCAAUUACUGACGCAACCUCUAUGUCAAUCAUGAUGCGGGACCUGAUCCGACUGUAUUGUCAAGGGGAGGAGAUGGACUCCGGCAGUCUUCCUCCUAGACUACUCUAUUCGGACUAUAUCGAUCGUCUGAGACAGGAAUCGACUCCAUCUACACUGGAAUUCUGGAAAUCUUACUUGCUUGAUGUAGAGCCUUGCCUAUUUCCACAGCUGAACAGGCAUUCUUACGGCAUGAAUGAUGAUUCACGCUGGCAGAAUUUAUCGAUUAAUCUUGACUAUGAGAGCAGAUACCAUGAAUUCUGCUCAGCCACCGGAAUGACAAUUGCUAGUAUCUUCAAGCUGGCAUGGGGCCUUGUGCUAUCCAGCUUUACGGCAUCCCGCACUGUGUGCUUUGGAUAUAUGACUUCCGGUCGGGAUCUGCCUCUGGCUGGGAUUGAGCAUGCAGUCGGACCGUUCAUCAAUGCACUUCCUUGUGCUUUCAAAAUACCAUUAGAGAAAUCUAUAUUGGAGAUACUUCAGGCCUUGCAGGAAGACUUUACCAAUGCUCUUCCCCAUCAAAGGAUGUCGUUAGUUACCGUUCAACAUUCUGUUGGCCUCGCCGGGGGUAACCCUCUCUUCAAUACUUCGCUCACUUUCCCACCUCAGAUAGACUCCGAUGAUGAGCGCGAGAUCCAACUUACUGAAAUAGACCGUUGCGAUCCGACCGAGAAUGAGAUCGUCGUGGAGGUCACGGUCCGAAACAAAAAAAUCGGGGCGGACUUCAAGUAUUGGGCUCGCAGUCUUUCUGAAAAGCAGGCCAAGAAUGUCAUCAAUACGUUGCGACGUGCUAUCUCGCAGAUUAUAAAUAAUCCCCAGAAAAGGCCAUCCGAGAUACAGCUCAUCAGCUUAGAGGAUGAAGCGUUGCUUCACAGUCUGAACUCGACUCUACCACCAUCCCCCAAUGUUUGCAUCCAUACCCUUAUCGAGCAGCAAUGCAUCAAUCAUCCAGAAGCGGAGGCCAUCGCUAGCUGGGAUCGGACUAUUUCCUAUGGCCAGCUACUGGAGCUUUCAGGAAGCUUAGCGUUCCAACUGAUUAAGAGAGGCGUCAGACGAGGCACCUACGUACCACUAUGUCUAUCGAGAAGCUACCUGACACCCGUUGCAAUGCUUGCUGUCAUGAGGGCAGGUGCUUCCUUUUGUCUGCUUGAUGUGUCCCACCCCCUGCCCCGGCUGCAAUUCAUUUGUGGAAUGCUACAGCCGUCGAUCAUUAUUACUUCUACCGCGCACCGUGGCCUGGCUGAGAAUCUCGGUGGGAAAGAAGUCUUCUUGGUUGACAACGAGAUAGACGAUAACAUGAACCUGGCUGUUGGCUUGGAUCGAGGUAAUAUCGCGGAUCCUAAUGACCCUCUCUUUGUCGCAUUCACCUCCGGGUCGACGGGUGAGCCCAAAGGCAUAAUUAUUGAGCAUCUUUCUUAUGCCUCGAGUGCCUCUGAGCAUGCUGAAAGACUCGGGCUAUCUCAAAAUUCUCGGAUGCUUCGAAAGGGGGUCCACAUUGCGUUUUUGAUUGCGAGGCAAACUGCGGCCUUCAUGAAGGCAACAAUUUAUCCGGAUUGA